GUGAUUGCCACAAGCUCUCAAUAUCAUAUUCCCAUAUUUCCUACUUUUCUAUCUAACAACUUUUUAUCACUUUUGAUAUUCAUCAUGGCAUCAAACCAUGUUGAGAUCCCUAUCCAUGCCAAUGUUUUGGAGCCAAAAGAAAGCGAAGGGGUAGAAGAGAGCAACAAUAAUUAUAUUGACUACUCUCAGAGGGCUCAGUGGCUCCGAGCGGCGGUUUUGGGAGCAAAUGAUGGGUUGGUCUCAGUUGCCUCACUGAUGAUGGGUGUUGGAGCUGUUAAGGAAGAUGUGAGUGCCAUGCUUCUUGCUGGUUUUGCUGGGUUGGUAGCUGGAGCUUGUAGCAUGGCAAUUGGAGAGUUUGUCUCUGUCUAUACUCAGUAUGACAUAGAGAUAGCUCAAAUUAAAAGAGAAAGAGAAACUAAUAAUAAUAAUAAUAAUGAAGAAGCUGAAAGGGAGAAGCUUCCAAACCCAUUUCAAGCUGCCCUAGCAUCAGCACUGGCUUUUACAGUGGGUGCUCUAGUGCCACUUCUCGCUGCUGUGUUUAUAAGGAAUCACAAGAUCAGGCUUGGUGUUGUUGCUGUUGUGGCUAGCUUGGCCUUGUUGGUAUUUGGAGUGGUAGGAGCAGUGCUUGGAAAAACCCCAGUGAAGAGGUCUUGUUUUAGGGUGCUGAUUGGAGGUUGGAUGGCUAUGGCCAUAACAUUUGGCCUCACAAAAUUGAUUGGCUCUGCUGGUCUUUGAAAAUUGUCUGUUACUCUAGUACUGUUGUUAUAGUAAUGUUUUUUCUUGUUUUUCUUCAUUACUAUGAUUUGUGCUAGGAAGGGUACUCCAACUUCUAGUAUUACUAUUAAUAGGUUUGUGUCUGCUUUGUUAACACAAUAAGCUAGAAUGCCCUCAUGCACACAACUACAUUUAAUAGCUAUGUUAUCCCCAAGAACUUCAGGGGUCCUUAUGUUUUAA